AUGCUGAUUCUGGAGCUGUUAUUGCUUAUGUCAGUGCUGAUCAGGGCAGAACAGCCAGUUUGUAGGCGACAGGGCAACGCACAGCUGCCUGAGUUUUUUAAAGAUGGAGACCUAAAAAUAGGAGGCAUCUUCACAUUUUACACUGGAUAUAACGGUGUAAUCCCAAAGUUUGACCGCUUACCUCCUCAACCAAAGUGCAAAGAUAUCAAUUACAGGGAAUUUAAAUUUGCAUACACCAUGAUCUUUGCAAUAGAGGAAAUAAACAAAAACCCAAACAUCCUCCCAAACUACACGGUGGGAUAUGAAAUCUUUAAUGCCUGUGGAUUCUCUAAUAUCCUUCAGUCUGCGAUCACACUGUCCAAUGGACAAGAAAGCAUCAUCAAUCCAGGAAACUGCACCAAGACUAAUACAGUACAGGCUAUCAUAGGUCAUUCAGGAUCCACUCCAACCAUUGGUUUUGCGAGAAUAAUGGGCAGAUUUCAAAUACCCACAAUCAGUCAUUUUGCUAGUUGUGCCUGCCUGAGCAACAGAAAUGAGUUUCCUUCCUUCUUCAGGACUAUUCCUAGUGAUUACUACCAGAGCAGAGCGCUUGCCCAGCUGAUCAAACAUUUUGGCUGGACAUGGGUGGGGGCCUUAAGCAAUGACAAUGAUUAUGGUCAAAAUGGCAUUGCCACAUUCAUUAAGACUGCCCAAGAGGAGGGAAUAUGUGUUGAGUACACAGCAUCAUUUGAAAGCACGGGGUCAAUAACUUCACUAACAAAAAUAGUAGAUAUAAUCAGAAGGUCCACAUCAAAGGUAAUAAUGGCCUUCAUGUCACACAGAGAGAUUAAGAUGCUGGUGGGGGAGUUAUACAAGCAGAACAUUACAGGACUGCAGUGGAUUGGAAGUGAUGCCUGGAUCACAGACGACUCGCUUACUGAUAGCCCAGGACACACGCUGCUGAUCGGAUCUAUAGGAUUCACUGUCCGCAACGCUCAGAUCCCUGGACUAGGACCUUUUCUUCAGGAAGUCAACCCCUCUCAAUUUCCCAACAGCAUGUUUCUCAAAGAAUUCUGGGAAAAUGUAUUUAAAUGCUCGCUGAGUCCUCACAGUGUGCAAGAAAAAUGUAAUGGCUCUGAAAACUUAAAAUACAUGAAACAUCCCUUCACUGAUGUGUCCGAUCUGAGAUUUACCAACAAUGUCUACCAAGCUGUGUAUGCAGUUGCUCAUGCACUAGAUAAUUUACUCUCAUGUAAGCAACAAAAAGUCCCAUUUAAUAAUGGCACCUGUGCACAUACAAUGACAAUACAACCCUGGCAGGUUUUACACUAUCUGCAAACCGUUAAUUUCAGCACAAAUGAGGGAGAAAUGCUGUUUUUUGACAGCAAAGGAGACUCCCCUGCAAGAUAUGAACUGGUUAACUUACAAAAGGUCACAAAAGGCACCAUGGAUGUGGCAACAAUUGGCUAUUAUGAUGCAACCCAACCUCGAGGCCAACAAUUUACCAUGAACCCUGUCAAUAUCAUCUGGGGAGGAGGCCUUAAGAGUGUGCCUGUGUCUGUGUGCAGUGAGAGUUGUCCUCCAGGCACUAGGAAAGCUGUGCAGCAAGGAAGACCCAUCUGCUGUUAUGAUUGUAUUCAGUGUCCUCCAGGAGAAAUUAGCAACACUACAGAUGCGUCUGACUGUGUGAAGUGCCCUUUUGGAUACUGGUCCAAUAGCAGAAGUGAUGAAUGUCUCAUUAAGACAGUGGAAUUCCUGUCAUUCACCGAAAUCAUGGGUAUUAUUUUGGUGAUGUUUGGGUUACUUGGGGCAUUUCUAACUUUGUUAACAUCUGUAGUUUUCUUUCAGAACAGAGACACUCCGAUAGUAAAAGCCAACAACUCAGAGCUGAGCUUCCUGUUGCUCUUCUCAUUGACUUUGUGUUUUCUCUGUUCACUUACUUUCAUUGGUCGCCCCACCGGGUGGUCCUGUAUGUUGCGUCACACAGCGUUUGGGAUCACUUUUGUCCUCUGUAUCUCCUGUGUUCUGGGGAAAACAAUAGUGGUGUUAAUGGCAUUCAAGGCCACACUUCCAGGAAGUAAUGUCAUGAAAUGGUUUGGGCCUGCACAACAGAGACUCAGUGUUUUUGCCAUAACACUUAUACAAGUUCUUAUCUGUGUGCUUUGGUUAACAAUAGCUCCUCCUUUUCCAUAUAUGAACAUGAACUACUACAGAGAGAAGGUCAUUCUAGAAUGCCAUUUAGGCUCUACUGUUGGUUUCUGGACUGUUCUGGGUUACAUUGGCCUAUUAGCCAUAUUGUGCUUCGUUCUGGCUUUUCUGGCCCGAAAGCUGCCUGAUACCUUUAAUGAAGCUAAAUUUAUCACAUUUAGUAUGCUCAUAUUUUGUGCUGUGUGGAUCACUUUUAUCCCAGCUUAUUUAAGCACACCUGGAAAGUUUACAGUAGCUGUGGAGGUUUUUGCCAUUUUAGCUUCCAGUUAUAGUUUAUUGCUCUGUAUCUUCAUUCCAAAAUGUUAUGUCAUCCUUUUAAGACCAGAUGCCAACACAAAAAAGCAUCUACUGGGAAAAAUGCCACAUUAA